AUGGGAGAAAAGCCAACCGACCCCGAAUCACCCGGGGACAUCCACCACCUCGAGUCUUCCAUCUCCAUCGAGAAGAAAGAUGCCGUGGACGCAGAGGUGGCCCGCACAUGGUCGCGUGAAGUCGGCCAGAAACAGGGCAAAUACACCAAGCUGAAGAACCCCCUGGCCGGUCUGUCCAAGGAGGAACUGCUGGCCGAUGUCGAAGCCUUUGCGCGUGAAAAGGGACUCGAGGAUGCGCUCGAAGACCUCAAAAAGGGAGCGUUGAUCUCGCAGGAUCCCAAGGCGUUCGAGUCGCUGUCGGAACUGACGGAGGCGGAUAAAGAGUUGAUUCGGCGCGAAAAGACGCAUCGAUGGAACCAGCCGUUUAUGAUGUAUUUCAUGACGAUUCUGUGUGCGGGAUCGGCGAUUGUCCAGGGCAUGGACCAGACGGCCGUCAAUGGCGCUCAGGAAUUCUACUUUGACGAGUUCAACAUCACCAACGAGUGGAUGCAGGGUCUUCUCAACGGUGCUCCGUAUCUCUGCUCUGCCCUUGUCGGAUGCUGGACCACAGCGCCUUUGAAUCGCUAUUUCGGCCGUCGAGGAUGUAUCUUCAUCUCCUGCUUCAUCUCCUUUGCUUCGUCCUUCUGGAUGGCUGCCUCCACCACCUGGUACCAUCUCUUCCUGAGUCGACUCCUCCUCGGUCUCGCUGUCGGUGCCAAAUCCACCACGACCCCCGUCUACGGCGCUGAAUGCUCUCCCGCCAAUAUCCGUGGUGCUUUAGUCAUGAUGUGGCAGAUGUGGACGGCGUUUGGCAUCAUGUUGGGAUACAUUGCCUCGGUUGUCUUUAUGGAUGUGCAUCGCCCGGGUCUACAAGGUCUCAACUGGCGGUUGAUGUUGGGUUCUACCGCAAUUCCUCCAAUGUUCGUCUGCUCCCAAGUCUACUUCUGCCCCGAGUCUCCUAGAUGGUACAUGAUCCGCAACCGCUAUCGCAGCGCCUACAAUGCUUUGUGCAAACUGCGUCCCUCCACCCUACAGGCUGCCCGUGAUCUCUACUAUAUCCACGCAGCGCUGAAAGAAGAGGAACGCAUGCGCGAGGGAAAGCAACUAUGGAGUGAAAUGUUCACUGUUCCUCGCAACCGUCGCGCAGCGCAGUCUUCGUUCUUUGUCAUGUUCAUGCAGCAGUUCUGCGGCGUCAACGCUAUCAUGUACUACUCCUCGUCCAUGUUCCGAAGUGCCGGGUUCAGCGUAAGAGAGGCUCUCGUCACCUCGCUAGGAUGCGGCAUCACCAACUGGAUCUUUGCUCUUCCUGCCGUCUACACCAUUGACACAUUCGGGCGACGCAAUCUUCUUCUCACCACUUUCCCUCUCAUGUGUCUCUUCCUGCUGUUCACGGGUUUCUCGUUCUAUAUUCCCGACCAGACACCUCGGACGGCUUGUGUUGCGACGGGUAUCUACCUGUUCAUGAUUGUCUACUCGCCAGGAGAGGGUCCGGUGCCGUUCACCUACUCUGCCGAAGCAUUCCCUCUUUACAUCCGCGACAUUGGAAUGUCAUUUGCAACCGCUACUACCUGGUUCUUCAACUUUGUGGUUUCUCUCACCUGGCCAGCACUGAACCGUGCCUUUUCACCACAAGGCGCGUUUGGCUGGUACGCGGCGUGGAACUUCUUCGGCUGGUUCUUCUGCUACUUCUGUCUGCCCGAGACGAAGGCCCUCUCACUCGAAGAACUCGACCAGGUGUUUUCCGUGCCGACGAGAAAGCACAUCAAUCAUUAUGCGGGGAUGAUCCCGUGGUAUGUGAAGAAGUAUAUUUUGCGGGGAGAUGUGCCGCCGCAGAAGCAGCUUUACGAUUAUGAAUGA